AUGGCUUUUAAUCCAGAUUUUGACCGAAUAGGAAAAGAUUUUGCGAACAUUUACUACAACACGUUUGACACCAACCGAGCAAGUUUGGCCUCUCUAUACGUGAGUCUGCUUAUGUGUUACUAACAUUACCAUGAAAUACAUUACGUGCAAUAUGAGCAUUUCGCGAAUCUCUGAUGUUACAAUUUCGUUUUUAUAACUUGUAUUAGAUAAGGAAUCAAACUAUUUGAGAACUCGUAAGCUUUAUGGAUGUUUAGAGUGCUCCAAAAGACAUAUUUUGUCGACUUUUGAUGUAACUUGAACUAUAAUAGUCAGCGGUCUUUAUCACCAAUACCGAAAAGUCUUUUAGCGGUUUGAUGGGUAAACUUUGUUCAUUACUCGAAACAUUGGGUAACCGAUGGUAACUACCCCUCCAAUUUCUCAACUAGUAUUUAAUCUUGGAAUGAUUGGUUCUAGUAUAAUUUAGUACUGCAUCUGAUGAAACUGACAUUAUCAAUUUAUAAGAAUCAAUUAUUUGAAAUCCAGUCACUGAUGAUCAAUGAUACCAAGAUUUGUACCAAUACUUUUUGUCACAGACCUCCAAAACAAUCUGUUAGUUGUUACCAAUUGAUAUUUUUUUCAAGUUGUUGAUGUUUUUCUAAAGGAAAGCACAUCCAUGUUGACUUUUGAAGGAGAACAAUUCCAAGGAAGAGAUGACAUAAUAAAGAAACUUGUAGUAAGUUUUAAGGCUUAAAUUACCCUGUACAUGGUGAGAUCCAGUUGAAAAUAUACUUUUUGCCUGUUAAUAUGUGUAGGUGGCUAAUAUUAAAUGGGUUUUACAUUCCUCAUGUAAAUCACUUGUUUAUCCUGUUAUUUGGAAAAAAAAUGCCCCAGUUGAUGUAAAAUAUCCUGAAACAGGUUGACAAUUCAAAACUUAUUUUACUUUGUGACAAGAUUCAUGGUAUUAUUAUUUAUUUUACUGACUUAACAAAGAAACUGAUUUGAAAAUUCACAAUUCAGAGGAAAUAAUAUUUUGCCAUAAACCCAGGGUGACUCAAGAGAGGGGAAAGAUUAUAUUUUUUAACUACACUGUUACUGUUAGACUGUGUUUAGGAAUUCCAAGUCUUGAGAACAAUUCAGGACACAGAAGUCCUCUGGCGGCGUCCUUUGCAAAAAAAAAAAAAUUAACUUGUUAUUCGAAGCAUAACCACCAUAAACUGUAUAUUAGUGGAAAGGUUAUGAAAUGCACUAUUCUGUAAAAUUAUUGCAUUUAAGCUUGAUCUAAUCAUAAACCAAAUGGGGUGCAACAAUUUAAAAUGGACAAUGUUUCUUUGAGCAAGUUGAUAAAUCAAAUCUGACCGCACAAAUAGAAUCUCUUCACAAUUUCAACCCUGAGGGGUUGGUCUUCAAAACUGUGUGGGGAUUUUGUAAAUUUCUUAUUGGUUGCUUUGCAAUUUAUCUGUCAAGUUUGCUGAUCAAAAUGUUUUGGCUACACAUUACAUAAGAAGACUGUAGUUAAGAUAUUAAUGCUUAUUAUGAUAUGAAAAAAAAAAAGAUCCCUAAAAAUUGAAGGUCUUGCAUAUCCUUAAGGAGGAGACUCUUGAUUUUUUUGCAGGGACUACCAUUUAGCACUGUUAAACAUGCAAUAACCACCUGUGAUUGUCAGCCAAGUACAGAUAAUGGAGUUUUGGUGUUUGUUGUUGGACAACUCAAGGUACUGAGCCCAAAGUAUUUAUUUAAUAUUUCUUUGUGCUCACAAGGUAGUUACUGUCCACUUUUUACUCUGUUGUAUCUUUAAUAACAGGUUUGACCAUGAUUGUAUGUGUUUGUUUCUUUUCCUAGACAGACAAUGACCAUCCUCAUAGCUUCAGCCAAUGUUUUCACUUGAGGCCACAGACAGCACAAAUGAGAAAUUAUGUUGUUCUCAAUGACAUGUUCAGACUAGCUCUGCAUCAUGGGUGAGAAAGACAACAUCCAACAAAUAAAGAUCAUUUUUCUCAAUGCACGUAAAUGGAUGUGGUCAUCUUUGAUCUAGUAAUAUAUGUAAGAAAUCAAGGAUGUGCAGUUUUGAGGACAACAAAAGUAAAUGCCUGUCCAGUACUAUAGUAUAACUUAAAACAAUAGCGUUUUAAAAGCAGAUUUUACUUGAUGGUUACAUACCAGCCAAUCAUUAUUAACUAUAGUCUUGGAUAGUAAAUAAUUUUUUCACAGGUUCAUUGACUCCUCUUUAACAACAAAUGUUUAACUUACUAAUUCCAUAUUGAUGGCAAAGUUGUUGAUGGAGAGACCAAUAUUUUGGGUGUGGUAAUAGCCAACCAUUGUACUACUGAGAACUUAAAGUUUCUGCAUGCACCAUUUGAAAGUUUUCAUCAUCCUUGAAGAAUGUGAAAGUUUGAAAUGAUUCUUUAGUUUUCCUAUUAGCUAUCUUUUUAGACAUUGCUGGCAGGGGCAUAGUCAGCUUUUCCACUUGUUGCAGGCCUGUACCCUAAGAAAGCUCAAUUUUCAUUUCGAAAUUUGCAAGCAUUGUUUUAUAAUAGUCAGGAAGGUUGAAACAAAAUUGUAGUCCUGGGCUCAGAGGACUAUUGGCUGGCUAUGCCCCUGGCUUCCUUGGCUUAUGUAUUAUUUAGGUUUGCAUUCAAAGUGUACUUUCAAAAUAAAGUUUUGGCAAAGAAGGCUGUUUCUCAUGUAGUGCAUUAAAUGCAUGUAAUUGUCUCAGUUGUCUUAAAUUCCCAGGAAAGUAAAGGAAAAGGUUCGUCACAAAGAGGCCUUCAAGGAAUCUAAAUAUGGAAACAGAACGAGUUCGUUUUUCUUCCACGUAAAGGUAGUGAUAAAGAUGAAAAAAUGAUACUCUUAAGCUGGCUUUUUUCUGCUGGCUUUGUUACUUUUCAACAGAAAUUAUCAAAGGACAUGUAUUGACGUAAG